AUGGGUCCGCCAGCAUCCCUCAUGCCCCCAGCAGCCCCCCCGCGCCACUCUUCCCCCGUGCGCUCCUUUUCCUCCUCCCACUCUGUUCCGACAACUCCCCGCCGAUCCAAUCUCCAGCAGCUGGCGCAACUUAUCGUCUCCCCGCAACUCGGCCGCUCUCAGCAUCCGGCUCAACCGGCUUCGCACCCCAUGACCCUCACCCCUUCCGCCAAUGUUGAUCCUUCCCGGUCGGGCUCCCCCCGCCCAAGUUCCCCUAUUCCCAGUUCCCCCCGGCACAGCUACCCCCAGCCUUCCUCCCCCAAUCCCGCUUCCUCUCAUCCCAGUUCUCCGCGCCAUAGCUCCCCCUACGCGCUGCCCGUGUUUCCCGGGAGCGGAGGCUCCGGCUCGCGCCCAAGCUCCCCCAUCCCCGCUCGUCCAGGCACUCCGCGGGCGUCCGCAUCUUCCGCCUCCAACACCGGCGCGAACUUCGUCGGGGGAGCGUUUGGCCCCACGCGGGGAGUUCCCGGAAUGAUCACCGUCGCCAGCGCCGUUGCGCCUCCCGCGCCCGCGAGCACCGGCGGAAGCGGAAUGGGAGGACCUUCCGCGACAGGGUAUGCUGCGCAGCCGUCCGUCCUAGCCGCGCCGCCGUCGUAUGCCCGCUCCAGCAGCCACAGCGCCGGUCAGCGCGCCGCAGCAGCGGCUAAUGCAGCGGCGCAUGCGCACGGCGCAGGAGGAGCGCAAGGGUUGCACUUUUACAGCCCGCACGGGCACGGCGGCAGCGCCAACGUUGGCGGGGGCGGAAUCCCAUCCUCCCCGUCUUCAUCAUCCGCUGCCGCCCUCCGCUCCCGCGACCACCACCACCACCAGUACCCUUCCGCCUCCGCCGCCGCUCCUCCCGCGCCCCUCGCUUCCGCCAGCGCCGCUCCGCCAGCCAGAACGCACUCGCUUUCCUCUGCGCAGCGCCGGCUGCUGUCGUCCGUUGAUGCGCUGCUCGCAGCUGCCGCCGUGGCAGGCGGCGUGGGGAGCAUCAGCAACAACACGCCUGCCACGUCAUCAUCGGCAUCUUCUCGCGCGCCUGCUCGAGCGGAUGCCGUUCCGCCUUCCGCCGUCACCUCCCCGCCAUCCAAGCCCGCGUCGCCUCCGCUCGCUCCGCUCCCAGCUAUUGCACUUCCCCCCAUCCGUGUCCCCGCGCGGCAAUCCGCGGCGCCGUCAGUCUCCGCGGCUUCCCCGCGCAGCGCGUCCGCUUCGCCUUCCGCCACCUCCGCUCCACACCACUCUCUCCGCGCAGCCUUUUGCCCGCCGAGUGCCGGCGGCGGCAGCAGCGCCAAUGCAAGCGCGCCGAGCGGCGACGAGCGCGCAGGUGCUGCUUCGGGACACAUGGCAACCACGCCGCAAAGGAAGGAGGCGAAGCCCCCCGAUCAGUACGUGCCGUACCACGCCGCGCCAGGAUCGUCUCUAUCGACCGCGGCGGCGUCGGCGGCGGCGGGGCCGGCAGCACAGCCACAAGCACCCGCAGCUCCAGGCGCAACAAGCGGCGUGCUAUCCGAACCGGCAGGCUCGAAGGCAGCAGGGCCACGCGGCAGUUCCGGCGGCGCAACAAACGUCGGACCCGUCGGAAGCACGUCGGCCGCUGUCGCAGCAGCGGGAGCGGCGGCGGCGGCGGCGGCGGCAGGAGGAAGAGUCGACGCAGCAGCAAUGGCGGGAGGCGGAAGCAUCAGCAAGACAUGGAUUCUGGACUCCGCAGGCGGCGCGGGUUUGGGAGGCGGUCCGGCGGUGACGGCUAUGGCGGGGUCCAUGGGCAGUGCCACGUCAGCAGUGGCGGUUGGGGGGGUCGAAGAUCCGUUACCCAAUUGGGACCCUACAGACGACCGGCUUAGUAGCGUUGCUGGCAGCGACAAGGUCGUACCUGGUGGAGGUGUACCUACGGAUAAGCGCGGCAGCGGCGCGGCAGGGGGAGGUGCGGUCACGUGGGGAGGGGUGAUCGGCGGAGGCGGAAUGGUGGAUCGGCGGGAAGUGGCGCGGAAGUGGGUGGCGGGACACGCGGCGGCCGGAGGGGAGCAGGGUAUCGGCGGGAGCGGAAUGGGCGGAGGGGUUGGCGGAGGGUUGGGCGGAAGCAGCGGCAUGGGCGGGGCGUACGGGAACGCGUUUUACCGCAUGGGGCGCACGCGCGCGUGGGCGACGCGGCGCGCGGGCACGGCGGUGCUGCGGCACGGCGCGCUGGUGUGCCUGCAAUGGGGGAAGGACAAGCUCCUGGCGGCCGUUGAGUCGAACGGACGCUGGGAGCUCGGCGCGGUGCCAUUGCCGCCGCUCGAUAAUUCCGCGCAGUCUGCGGAUGCCGCCACCGCGGGAGGCGCAGGCGCAGGCGCGCGCACCGGGGCGGGCGGAGGAGCAGGAGGCGGGGGAACUGGCGGAGCGGACAGCGCGGGGGCCACCACCAACGGAUCGUCGUCGUCAGCUUCGCCAGCGUCGCAGGCGUCGUCAGGGUCGUCGUGCGACGGCGUGCCUCUGGAGGGCGUGUUCGUGCUGAUGUGCUUCGGCGGCGGGCGCGUGGGGCUGCGCUCCGUCGCCGCGGACGGGCGCUGCCUCUCCGCCACCGCCACGCCGACCUCCGCGCACUACUUCGCGGGAUGGUGCUUCCAGGAAACCGAGGUAUGGGCUAUGCCCCCGGACCUCUCCUCUCUCUCCGCGCCCCACGCCUCCUCCCCCGCUGCCAGCGCACAGGCGCGUGCGCAGCCGGCGGGCGGGGGCGGGGGGGGAGACGCUAGCGGAGGGGGAACAGGCGCUGGAGCGGGGGCGGGAGGGGGAGGGGAGGUGGAGGUGGGGGGGUGGUGCGAGGAGCUGGGCGGGGUGUUGGAGGGCGCGGUGCUGCUGAGCAGUGUGGUGCAUCCAGCAGCGGUGAUGCAGGUGCACGUGCAGGGCAUUGCGGCGCUCUCCCACCGCGCCUGGCGCCACACUCAGAACGAGGCCAGCGCUGCCAACCGCCUCCGCGGCCAGGUGCUACAGCUGAGGGACAGGGUGCGGCUGCUGGAGGCAUCAGAGACAGUGGCAGCCAUGGCAGCAGCGGCUGUUGCAGCCAGGGAGGGCGGAUCUGGGGCAGGUGACACCGCGCUCAAGCUGCCUCUCUGCUCCUGCCCCUCCAAGCCUGCUGCUGGGGGGGACGGCACAACCGCUAAGGCUGGUGGUGGUGGUGUGACCAGUGGCAGUGUCACCUCUGCUGCUGCUGGUAGUGGUGAUGGGAGGUGUGCGACAUGUGGGCUCUUUGUUGCUGUCAGCAACCAGAGUGUUUUCAUCACCACUAUUGCCAAUCUUAAAGCCAGAGUUUCCCAGCUGGAAGAGGAGCUGCGCGCCAAGUCGCAUAACCUCUCCACCAACUCCUCCCCCGCGCCCUCCAUCGCCUCCUUCUCCUCCUUCUCCUCCUCCUCUUCCGCCACCUCCGACUCCGCGCGCGGCGGUUUCCCCCACUCCACCUCCUCGCUCCGCCCGCCGUCCCCCCCCGCGGCGCUGGCGGACAUGGAGCGCCGCGCGCUGCAGGCGGAAGGGGAGAAGGCGGCGCUGCUGCUGCAGAUAGAGGAGCUUGUUGCGGGGAAGCGCGAGGCGGAAGUGGGGCUGCUCGCGGCUAAGCGGGAGGCGGAAGCGGAGGCGGAGGUUGCGCGCCGGGCGCGGGCGCGGGCGCAGGCGGAAGCGGAAGCGGAAAGAUCGGACGCACGCAGGGCGGAGGAGGCGGCGGAGGAGCGGCGGAGCCAGCAGCGCGCGGGGAAUGCGAACAGAGAAAGGCGCAGGUGGCUUAGCGAGAGCACUGGGGGAGUCGCUGGCGGAGGCGGAGAGAUUGGCGGCAGUGGGGUGGCGUAUGGGGCUAAGGGGAACGCGACGGCGCAGGCGCAGGCGGAAGUGGAGGCGGAGGCGCAGAGGGAGGAGCUGGUGGCGGUGAAGAGAGAGGCGGAGGAGCUGCGGAGCAGACUGCGCGGCAUGGAGGGCAAGGCAUCGGAGAGCAUGCUGACAGCACUGCAGCACAAGAUAGAGCGCCUGGAACGCCUGCACUCACACCCCAGGGGAUCAGCAUCGGCAUCAGUGUCAGCAUCGGUGUCACCCUUCCACGGGUUGUCCUUCUCUCCGCAUCCGCACUCCCCGUCUCCGCUUCCCCUCUCCGCCAAUCAUCCCUCCACCGCUGCCGGAUCGCCCCCUCCUCCUCUCUCCCUAUCCGGGGCCCCUUCCCCCGCGUCCGGCGUUUCUUCCGCGCGCAGAGAGCUGGGGGGGUGGGGAGACGCGGGGGGGCGGAAGGAGAGGGAGGGGGAGAGGAGGCAGGCGUGGGAGAGAGAGCGCGAGGAGCGGAAGCGGCAGGAGGAGGCGGAACGAGAGAGUGCGCGGGAGAGUGCGCGGGAGAGGGGGCGCGAGAUGGAAAGAGAGCGGGAGCGCGGGCGGGAGAGGGAAAGAGAGCGGGAGCAGGAUCGAGGGCGGCGCGUUGCAGAGCGGAUGCUCGAGAAAGAACGGGAGAGGGAGAGGGAACGCGCGCGCAUGAUGCGGAGGCUAAAGAGUCCCCAAGAGGCAGCAGCAGCAGAGGCAGCCGCGGAGGAGAUGCGCGUGAGAGUGCACCAGGGGAGCGACAACCUCGGGCUUGACGCGUUCUGCCGCAUGCACAGCCAGGGCAGCCUCCCGGGCAGCCUGAGAGAGAGCCUCGUGGGGAGCGUGCAUGGCAGCCUGCAUGGGAGCUUGCGAGGGAGCUUCAGAGAGGGGUUGCAAGGGAGGAAGCAUGGCGGUGGCGGUGGUGAGGAGGGAGGGGGAGUGGGUGGUGGCGGACGGUGGGGGGGAGCGGAGGGUGGUGCGGAUGGUUGUGCUGGGGUUGGGCGAGGACUAGGCGGAGGGAGUGGUGGGGACAGGGUAGAGGGAGGGAAGCACGUUGGUGGUGGUGGUGGCAACAGCAACAGCAGCAGCAGCAGGCGGCUUGUGAGACAGGUGUCAGCAGGAGCAGUAGUAGUAGGAGUAAGAGGAGGAGGAGAAGUAGGAGCGAGGAGCAGUUUGGAGGAGUGCCAGGGCGCUUUGAGCUCUCUGUUCGAGCCUGUGCUUCAAAAGAGGUCCGAGAGCUCGUGUGAUGGCGAGGAGUGUGACUCUAUGGGGCGAGUGCGGGUGAGGCGGAGAGGGGAGGAGGGGGUGGGAGGGAGUGAGGAUGAGGAGGAGGAGAGUGCGGUUGAUGAGGAGUUAGAGGAAGAGAGGACGGAGCAUGGGUGGCGACUCAAGGCAGUGGUGGGUGGGGAUGAAGGAGGGGAGGAGGGUGAGGGAGUGGAGGGAAGGGGAGAGAGUAAGAGGAGUGAGAGGGAUGACGAGGGUAGGGUGAACGAGAGGAGUUAUGGGGAACGUGGUAGGUUUGAUGCGAGGGUGGAGGUGUGGGAGGGGUGGAAGGGACGGGAGCAGCCUGCACCUAACAGAGAGAGUGUAAGUCCGGUUGCUGCUACUGCUACUGCUACUGCUACUGCUACUGCUGCCCGCGCUGCUGGUGCUGGUGAUGCUACUGUUAAUGGUGGUGCGGCCACUGCUGCCGCCGCCGCCGCUGCUGCUCUUCGUGCUGAUCGGCACGGCAGGGCGGCAAGAGCAGAGGAAGGAUAUGGUGGGAAGGAAAGUGAGACGCGUGUGGGCGGAUGGAGGGGAUGGUCUAAGGGGUCACGAGGGGGUGGGGAGGUCAACGCAUCUGCUGAAGGUGAUGCUGGUAGCACUGCUGCAGAGGGUGCUGCUGCUGUCAACCCUGGCAGCACUGCUGCUGCCACCAGUGCAACAGCAAGCAGCAUCCCUGCCAUCAGCAGCAGCAGCAGCACUGCAGGCAGCACGAGAAUCAAUACCACCACUGCCAGUACCACCCCCAAUACCACCACCGCCAGUACCACCCCCAAUGCCACCACCACGAUCAAUAACGCCGCCAGCAGUACCACCAGCAAGGCCAGCAGGAGCAUCAGCAGCAAGACAAGCCCUCCAGGCACGACAACAGCAGCAGCAAGUGCAGGCCGGGCAUCCUCCUCCCUGAGCGCGACUCUAGCAGCAGCGGACCUGGGUCCGUCACUCAAGCAGCGAAUCCUGCUGCUGCAGCAACGCAUGAACGCCAUGCAAGCAGCCGCCACCGCCGCUGCUGCCGCUGCCGCCACUGCAGCCGCAGCAGCAGGAGGAGGUGCGGCCUCUUCUGGGCGGCUGUCACCCACCUCGGUUCUACCCUCCAGCAGCAGCAGCACGGUCAGCUCUCCUGGGAGUGUGUGGCUGGGUGGUGGUGGUGAGGGUGGCUUAGGGGGCGGUGGUGGAGGAACCUCCCCUAUCUCCCCCCACGUAUGA